AUGGUAUUUGGCGGCCCCGGAGAAGAGCUAGCAGUUGUAGCCCUUUGGAUUAAGGUACACUUGGCAUCUCCUUAUCUGGCUAUCCAGAGAAUAAUCCCUGUGAACAAAUAGAAAUCUAAUGCAGUUUUCCGUUUCAAUAGUCUUUUUAAAGUUUUCAUAUAUAGUCUGCAAAACACGGGGUUUAUAUGACCCUCCAGGAAGAAAAAAAAAAAAAUAGAAAACAGUCCAAUGGUUCAUGAUCAAUUACAAAUUAAAAGUGCUCAGGCGUCAAUUUAUACAAGAAUACCUUUAUUGUGUCCUUUAAAUUAAGAAAAAAAAAACAGAGGAGAGAGACCGAAACUAGUGUAGAGACCACGGAGACUUCACAGCUACAGGUUUUCUCACCGAAUAUGUCUGUUGCUCGAAAUUGAUGUCAGGAAAAAAGGAUAUUAAUAAAACAAUGAAAUAAAUCUUAGAACAGUGUAGAAGUGGAAAGGUGGUAAAUGAAAUGUUACAAAUCAAUAAAACAAUAAAACACAUUGGCAAUCACGAAUAAUAUUUGGUAUGAGGUUUGUAGUUGGCUGCAUCUAAGCAGUGUAGUGUGAUGAAAUAUUGCAAAUCACAUGAAAUUCGACGUAUUAUAUUGAAUUAUUUACAGGCACCCUCUAAAGGAAACAAAAUUUUUGGAAAGAUAGCAGAUCUGACGCAAUCCAUCCUCCCCGUUGGUAGGUAUAUCAGAUUACUAACUUAUAAAAAGGUCAACACGAAGAACAUGUAAACAAAUCCUAACUGACUCCCUUAUAGCUUUUGUUCUCCGUUAAUUGGCAAUCAGCAACCUCCCCGCCCCCUCUUACUCCCACACUUGCACACUUUAUCAGCAAUCAUUCAGUUAUCCUUUAAACUCCAAUAUCCAAAUGCAAAUUCUCCCGGCCGAUCUCCAUGCAUUUCCUUGAAGAAUAGGUUGAGAGAUGUUGUUCAAAGAUCAACGCACUUUCUGUUUGGCAAUCAUUUUCUUAACCUAUGCCCCAAAAUUUGAUUCACACCAAAUUUAGUUAGUGCAAAUAUGGUGCAAACAAAAAAUCAAUUUUAUACCGUAAAAUCAAGGGUAAAGAUGGUAAAUACCUCAUUUGCCCUCGAAUUUACAACCCAUGUAAACUGUGAUGCAAAGUCGGUAUUUACCAUCUAUGCCUUUGAUUUCCUCCUAGUUUGCACUUUUUUGUGCUUUAUUUGUCUCGAGCAAAUAUUUGCAAAACUGUAAAUUUAUGUUUUCACUGUGAUUCACAUGACCUGGUUAUCUUGUUUGUGCAUUGAUGUUGCUAGUAAAAAGAUGAUGUUGGUUUAGGCCUUGGGAUAUAAAGGGUUCAAUAAUGCUGAAGUCACAGCUCAGUGAGGGAGAAUGUCGUUGCUCUAGUUGCUUACAUGAUACUUUAAUUAUAAUUUUAGGUUGGUACAAUUUUAGUUAUAUCUUGUUAUUUUACCAUGUUUAAACAUCACUAAAGAAUGACAAAAAAAAUAAUCAUUUUAGUACAAAAAGUGAAAUAAAAAAUAAAAGUUGUUGAGCUGCUUUUCUGCCCUCUUUAAAGAGCUCCAAUUUGCGAAAACAAAUUUUAAACAAGACUCGGGAACACGUCAGAGCUCUGCCUCGUUCAUAGGCGUGUCAAGUGCUUAGUAGAAAAAGCGGCUGCGAGCGAUCAAGGUCCAUGGGAUGGUUAAGUGUUGGCGCAAGAGACUCUGGGAAGGAUGGGCGUUUUCUUCUUCGCUUUUCCCAUGAUCCCUUGCGCGGAACUAGAAUCGCUCCAGUCGAUCUCGAUCACCUAUCCCGGCGGGAACGCGCACUUGACCAGGUACGAGGCAUCUCAGAUCUUUCACUCGCAUCGAAGAAAAAUGUGUGGCCCAGCUACUUGAACGUUAAGGAAACAAUUAAAUGUCACCCUAUUUUACAGGUAAGACUCAUACUGUGGAAAAGACGGAUGGAAUCUAUCUUAUGGAUCUGAUUCCCCAAAAUUGUGCAAACGGCAAUGGCAAUGGUAAUGGCAAUGGAGGUAAUGGUAAUGGCGGCAAUGGUAAUGGCAACGGCAACGGCAAUGGUAAUGGCAAUGGUAAUGGCAAUGGAGGCAAUGGUAAAGGCAAUAGCAACGGCAAUGGUAAUGGUAAUGGUAAUGGUAAUGGCAAUGGAGGCAAUGGCAAUGGUAAUGGCAAUGGCAACGGCAAUGGUAAUGGCAAUGGAGGCAACGGCAACAACAAUAAGAAGGACCCCAAAAGUUUGACUUUACAAUGUUACUACAGUUACGAGGGUUCCCUCACUACGCCUAAAUGCUUUGAAACAGUACACUGGAUAGUUGUGAAAGAUUAUCUCCUGGCCUCUACCAGGCAGGUAAGUAAUGCUCGCUGACUUGAAUGACUGACUUAGCCCAAAGAGAGCUUUCAGUUUACAAUUAAGAUUGGACACUCUACAGGUAUGCUAAGAUACGGGACUAGAUCUGGUUAAGACCGUCAUGGCCAGUGUCACAAUAGCAUGACCGAUCUUCGUUUUAUUAUACGUACGGAAAUUAAAUGCAAUAGCCCAUUGGUGGAGAACUUGGGAAUGUAACUCUGCACUCUCCCACUCUUAGAGAGUUCGUUUUUGUGGUUCAGUAGGUUAGAGGAGAAAAAUUCUACUUGUAUUUGCGUUAAAUACGGACCAUUCCAGGAUACACUGAAAUUGUCAAUGUACUACCAACAAACUGGGCUUGAAACAGAUGACUAUGCAUCGAAGGUUGCUAUCAGACCAGCGUUUCGACUUUUCGGUUGCAAAGCUAUAGACAUUGAGAGUGUUAGUUCAAAUUGUGCUAGAAACAACUAACUUAAACCAGAUGAUGGGUCGUAACUUUCCUUACUUGAUAUAUUUUUCGGUGUUUCAGCUAAAGGAGUUCAGGAAACUUAAGGGUGAACAUGGUAGAAAGCCUCCACUCAUGUGCGACAACUACAGACCAAUCCAACCACUGAAUGACCGCACUGUUUACUCUGUCACAAAGAACGAUUAG